GCCGAGAGAAGAGCGCCACGUCAGAAGCACUUUCUAUCCUCCCUAAGUAUCUCCCUGCGGUGUGUGCGAGUGUGACUGAAGGGGACGAACCAGGGCCAGUGGAGGAGGGGAAAAGGGGAGGUGAUUCGGUUGUGGGGCUUGACGGGAGUGCUGCGGCCAAGCGGCAGAGAGUAGAGAAGGGAGAGGAGUUAGAGGAGAGAGGAGAGGAGGGGGGAGAGGAUGGGAAAGAGGAGGGGGAAGAGAAGAGGAUAGAGGAGGGGGAGGAGGGGAAAGGGGAGGGGGGAACGAGGGAGAGAGGUAAUCCAGAGGGGAGCAGAGUGGGAGAGGAGGAGGAUGGUGCAAAGGAGAAGGAGGAUAAGGCACCAUGUCAGGCAGAGGAAGAGGACUGCGAAAAGAAAGUCACUAAGGCAGGGGAGGAUAAGGCAGUGAAGGUUAGCAAGGCAGAGCAGGAUGCGAGUGCAGCGGAAGAUGCUCUUAAAGCCGGGCUAGGGGCGAUCAAGCUGGGUAGCAUGGGGAUAACUUUUCUGGCGCUGCCCGAGAAGGAAAAAUGUGUGCCGGGCAACGAGGUGCCGUGCCCUGUGGAUGUUGUCGGGCAGAUUCUGAAGGACAUCAACGAGAAGAAGAGGAGCGGCCUCAAGUGGUGCCAGCGCAUCUGCCCUGUGCAGGCCACGUGCCCAACCACGAAGCGCCACCUGUCAGCCACCGUGCAGCGACUGCUGGCCAAUCACUUCGCAGCAGACUCACCAGCAGCACCAGCAGGAGCGUCACCACCACCACCGGCAGCAGCAGCAGCAGCAGCAACAACAGCAGCAACAACAGCAGCAGCAGGCGAAGCAGAAGUGGGAGUGGAGGACCCACGCUUGAAUGAGUGGGCUCACACAGUAGAUUCUUUGUCUCCCCAGUUUGCAGUGGCUUUCAAGAGGCGAGGAGCAGAGGAUCCAGGCGCUGCAGGUGGGGAGAGAAGCAGCAAGGAACAAGGAAAAGCAGCUCACCGCGCUUGUCCCUUCCCCCCUCCCUUCCCUCGCCAGUUCGCAGUGGCUUUCAAGAAACGAGGAGCAGAGGAUUCAGGCGCUGCAGCCAAAGAAACUGCCAAGAAAGAAAAGGAUAAGGCAGAGAGACAGAGAGAGGGAAAUGAGGGAGAGGAGGAGGAGGAGAGGGGGGAAGGGGAGGAGGAUGUUGAGUUGAGUCGUGAUGUUGUUAUCAGGACAGUGGCUGAUGCGGUGAAGGAAGCUUCUGGGGAGCGAGGUGCUGCGGCUAACUUGACUAACCCAGAGGAGGAAGGAGAGGAAGAAGCUUCCGGGUUGGUGUCGGCCUUGCUGACUCAGGCCGUUCACUCUUUUCUACGGUCCCAGCUUGACUCGUGUGGCGAUCUGAGGAUCAAGGUGGCCGCUACAGGACAAGACCUGCUAUCCGGCCGGCUGGCCGGCGUGUCGGUGUCGGCCCGGGCGGCAGAGUACAAGGGUUUGUCCGUUUCUGACGUGGAUAUGGCUGCUUCUUCUGUCCGCUUUGGCAAAAAUUGGGGACUCACUCCCAGCUGCUUCCUCCCUUCCCUUCCCCUCGUCCCUCAUGCCCUCCCUCAUGCCCUCCCUCAUGCCCUCCCUCAUGCCCUCCCUCAUGCCCUCCCUCAUGCCCUCCCUCAUGCCCUCCCUCAUGCCCUCCCUUCCCUCCCGUCCCUCCCUUCCCUCCCGUCCCUCCCGUCCCUCCCUUCCCUCCCUUCCCCCCCGUCCCUCUCUUCCCCUCCCUUCCCUCCCUUCCCUCCCUUCCCUCCCUUCCCCCCCUUCCCUCCCUUCCCCCACCCUUCCCCCUCCCUCCCCUCCCUUCCCCCUCCCUUCCCUCCCUUCCCUCCCUUCCCUCCCUGCCCUCCCUGCACUCCCUUCCCCUCCCCUCCUCUCCCCUCCCCUCCCCUCUCCUACUCUCUCCCCCCUCCCCUCCAUUCUCCCAUAAACUCCCCUAACCUCCAAUUCCCUACCCUCCCCUCUCAUUGCCUCCCUGCUCCUGCCCUAUACUACUCCACUCCCCUUCCCUCCUCUCCCUCCCCAUCCUCACUCCGCAUACCGCCUCCCUUCCGAACCCUUUCUCUCCUCCCCUCAUGUCAGUUUCAGAUAUUCUCCGUUGUGCGCUUCUUGUGUGCUUUUCAUUGUGCGCCCCGAUACCGCCUCCCUUCCUUACCCUUUCCUUCCUCCCCUCCAUUGUGCGCUUUUCUCUCCUCACCUCACUCCCCUGGCCGAUUCUUCCUCCCCAUUCCCUCCCCAUUCCCUCCCCAUUCCCUCCCCAUUCCCUCCCCAUUCCCUCCCCAUUCCCUCCCCAUUCCCUCCCCAUUCCCUCCCCAUUCCCUCCCCAUUCCCUCCCCAUUCCCUCCCCAUUCCCUCCCCAUUCCCUCCCCAUACCCUCCUCCCCUUACCCUCCUCCCCAUACCCUCCUCCCCUUACCCUCCUCCCUUUACCCUCCUCCCCUUACCCUCCUCCCCAUACCCUCCUCCCCUUACCCUCCUGCCCUGCAACCGCCCUCUCCUCUUGAAUUUCUCCUCCUCCUCACUCCCCCCUAUUUCCUCCCCUCUAAUCCCCCCUUUCCCUUCCCCCUUCAGUUUCACCGACUCGCACUUUCCGCCUAAGGAGCCCUCUCCUCUUCCCUCUCCUCCGCUCUGUCUUCUCAUUGGACGACCGCCAGCCAAUCCCAGCCCUCCACGUGUCACUUGUCCCCCCCACUCCUCCCCCCACCACCACUCCCCCUACUACUCCCCCCAAUUCUCCUCCCCCCGCCUAUCCGUCCGCUAUUCCUCCCCUUUCACCUCCUCCCCCACUUCCUCCUCCCAGCCCUCCCUAGACCUCCCUCCCCUCCCCAUUCCCCUCCUGCCGCCCAACCCACUGUCACUGUUGAGAUUCUCUGCCGCCCAGAUCAGAUUCCCUCAGCCAGUGCUGGAUACUGUCGGGCGGCUGCAGCUCCUGAAGCCGUCCUUUCUGUUCCCUUCUCACUCCUCCCCUCAAACCUCGGAUACCACUACACCAUCCUCUAACCUUCCCUCACCCUCGCUUCCUCACUCACCCUCCCUCUCCUCCUCUCCCUCCUCCUCCCCUCCUCCCUCUCCCCGCUCCUCUCGCCUCUCUACCUCUCUAGCCCGUCGCCUCCGUCCCCUCCGCAUCCCCCACCCCAACAACCCAGCGGCAAACCUUCCCACCGCUCACAACCACACUCUGCCAACCUCUGCUGAAUCUCCUGCUGCUGCUGCGACACCAGCAGCACUAUCCCCCUACUCCUGGAGGGCCCCUGGCACGCCUUUCUUUGCUAACUCGGUGCUCUUCCCCUCCUCACCAAGCCUGGGCCUUGGGAGACGACACAGACAGCAGCAGCAGCAGCAGCAGCAGCAUGGGGCAGAGAAACCCUCCGGCUUCCAGGUCAGAGGAAGAGGAGGGAGCAGCAGCAGCACGGACAGCGACAGCAGCAGCUGA